UUUAUUUUUAUUUCAGGAUUGGUGCAACACCUUUUAUUUAUUGGUUUACCAAUCUCUUUUGCGCUGGAUUUUCAAUAGGUUUCUCACAGUUUUGGCUUAGAUUUUAAUCUGGGUUUUGUUUUACGAGUAAUUACUUGUCUUGAUUUUUCUAAUUUUGUAACUACUUGUGGGUGAAAUGAUGAUUUUGGGUUCAAAUCGGGUGUGUGUGUGUUAGUUGGUUAGUGGGCGAGUAAGUGAGUGUGAUUAGUUAGAUAGUUGGUUGUUUUAUGACGGUGAAAUCGGCAGUUAUGGCAUUUUGGGAAGAGGAUGGCAUGUAAAGAGAUCAAAUGAUUGGACAUGAGAUUAAUAUUAGUCGGUGGUUAAAUGGGGUAACUACGGUUGUCUAACUGCAAGGGCAUGCAGUGAUGUUACGUAAUCUACAAGAAAUUCAGUAGAUUAUCUAUUAACAAAACAAAAUGAUUUUAUUUAAUGGUGUAGUAGUAUUAAAUAUCUAAUUAAGACUAAUUUUUUCUACAUCUAGUUACACUAGAAUUUUAUUCACAUUAUCUCAACUUUUCGCAACCGGAACAAAAAACCCUAUAACAUAUAUAUUUGUCUAACAAAAUAUCAGAGAAUUUUCUACAAGUCUGAAGCAGAUUUCCCGGUCAUAUAGAGUCAUGAGCCUGAAGGACCUCAACCUGACGGAGGAGCAGAUUCUGGAGACCCAGCAGCUUCUGAAGGAUGGGGACAAGGAGGAGGAGCAGCAGCCGGAUUGUGAGGAGUCCCUAAAGGGUGAGGCCAUUGCCAAGGCUCUGGGCGAUAUUCAGGUGUAUGUGGAACUGGGCAAUGAGGAGGGCUUCCUGCAAAUAAGGCCGCCACAGCUGCACAAGUUUCGGGUGACCUCGAGGGGAGUGGAUUCGGGAGGAUCGCAAUCGAAUAUGUUCGAUCGGGCCGACCCCAAGGAAAUCGCUCGCUGGGAUCUGAAAAAGGUGCACCACUUGGAUCUCAUUUCGAGCAAGGAUGCCGAGGAAUUUGGCAAAAUUCAAACCGACGAAGUCACUGGCGAAGUGUACAUGAAAGUGCCCCUCACUUUAAACAUACUCGUCGAUGACACCAAAAUGACGCCCGAUUUGGCCACGAAACGGAUCACCGAAGAGGAUGCCUACAAGGAGGAGACGGGACCGGGACAUACCAUCUACAUGUACCACGAACUGAAGGGGCAUCCCAGGAAGCUGCCACAAGCAGCGCUGGAUCAGCAAAAACUGCUUCAGCAGGUCAGCAAGGACAACCAGGAUGGCCAGGAUGACCAGGAUAAACAGGAUAACCAGGACAGCCAGGAUAACCAGGAAAUUCAGGACAACCAAGAUAGCCAGGAUAUCCAGAACUAUCCGGAUACCCAGAACAACCAGGAUAACCAGGAAAACCAGGACAAUCCGGACAAUCAGGAUAACCAGGACAAUCAGGCGAGACAGGACAACCACGAUUACCAGGACAACCAGGAUGAGCCACUCGAACCGCCGGAGAAUAAAGUGGAUUGGGUCUACCACUUGCACAGUUUCGAAAUACCCAGACUCAGCUUUCCCUUCGAACUCUCCUUCGACCCGGAGUUAGUGCGUCUGAUGGGUGGCGAAACGAAACCGGAAACCGGAGAUGAGUUAUUAGAAUCCGAAGAAGUCUCAUCAGAGUCGAGAGAAGUGCCAUCAGAGUCCGAAGAAGUGCCAUCCGAAUCCGGAGAAAUGCCAACGGAAAUCAGCACGGAGGAGGAGGAAUCGGAAAAUCCAGAUCAAGACUUGAGUCUGGAUCGGCAAGAGAUCGACGAUCUCCAAGAGUAGAGGGAAUGGAAACCUAAGAGGCAACUAAUUCGGCCAACUGCAUUUCGAAGAAUAUCUUAAACUAAAUUAUAUCUAUCCUAAUUUAACUUAGCUUAUUUCAACCUAAAACGUAGACAUCUCUAAGUUUGGUCCAAUUCUCAACUAAACAAAUAUCCUAAAUUUCCAAAGUUUCAUUAAAUUAAAUAGGUAAAAAUAAAAUGUAUAUGAUUGGCCAAAAAAUAUGAACUCUGGCAAAAAGUAUGAACUGUAUAUGAAGCAUGUUUAGUUCUACAAUAUAAAACAAAAUUCCAGAUCUAGUUGAUUAUUAUGGAACGAUUCUUGAUUUAAGCUACUAUAUUUUAUGGGGCUAUGAUCUAGGCCGUGCAGUGUUAUUUAACAUAUAUAUUCUGAUUUUGUAACCGAUCAAGUGGCCA